GUUAGACUGGGCGCCAAUGCUUCUUCCUUUAAUCUUGGAACAGCCAAGCCCCCUACAUGUGUUUGAUAUGAUAAAUAAUUAACCACCUUAUUAAGGGAAGAGCCUCCCAACCACCAUAUGCACCAGAGAGUCAGACACAUUCCAGGCUGAACAUGUGGACUUUCACCCUCAUCUUACUGGCGAUCGGGGUUGUGACUGCAGACCAGACACCUACAGACUCAACCCAACUGCACUUGGACAAGUCUCACCAUGAAGAGGCCCAGGUUGGUUCUAAUGUCACUUUAUGGUGCAACUUCACAACUAAACCUCCUGCACAACUGGGAAACCUCACUGUCCACUGGACUAAGGACGGAGUCUCCAUAUUGUUUGUGAACAAAACCUACACUCAUCCCAACAGUACUCCAAUCAGUGAGGAGAAACUACAGAAAGGGGACGCGUCUCUGUCACUGAGCCAUGUCAGCAGAGAGGAUGCUGGGAUAUAUACCUGCUCCAUACAGUAUGGCACUAAGAGGGAGUCACUGAUUGUAACGCUAAGAAUCCUGGAUGACCCAGACUCAAUGGGGCAGAAGAAUGAUGGAUCCAGUAUGAAACAUGGAGCAGCUGUGGGUCCCUGGUGUGUGGCCCUCCUGCUGGUCUUUGGCUACAAGCCAUGAAGAACCUGCCAAUGGGGAGUCCCUGAUGUGCUCAAUACAAACCCUUCCAGCUUAUCUCCCAUGUAAUAAUCUACAUCCACAUUGUCACCAAAAUAUUUCAGCUUUGUACCUGUUG